CGCGAUCCGUCACAUCUCCGCAACCACAACCACAACCACAACCCCUUGUCCUGGCCCACGCACUCAAAGCACGAGGCGCGUAGUUUGCGCACCAAGGAGCGCAACAGGGCUCGAAACACCUCCAAUUAUCUCCGAAUAGCGAGCUCCCCAACCCACCCACAUCGCCGGGCCAGCACCCGGUGAGCCCCAACAGCCGCGCCAUGGCAUCGAGCCAACCCCAGGCCAACGGCGUCUCUACCGCCUCGGCCGGCACGUCACAGACCGUAUCGAACACGCAGGCUACGGCGCCCAGCCAGCCUUCCGCCUCCACACAGCAGCCGCAAGCGUCGCAGCAAUCACAACAGCAAGGCGCGUCGCAACCUGCCUCGACCUCGGACCCGCGUCCUCGCGAUGCUCGCCUCAUCGAACUCCUGUUGACCUCUCAAGGCGUCACCGCAUACGAACAGCGCGUGCCCCUCCUUCUCCUCGACUUUGCCUACCGCCACACCUCGUCCAUCCUGAGCGACGCGCUGCACCUCGCUGGCGACCCCUACGUCACCCAAGCGGGCUCCAAGCCUUCUGCCUCCUCCGGCGCCACCGCCACGGCUCCGGGCGAGGCACCCAUCACCGCAAACGCCGUCAAGCUCGCCAUCAGCGCGCGUCUGGCGUAUCAGUUCCGCGGCGGAAGUGCGGGUGGCGGCAUCAGCAAGGAACACAUGCAGGAGCUAGCCCGCGAUCGAAACAAGGUCUCGCUGCCCAAGAUCGUGCCCAACGAAUGGGGCGUGCGCCUACCCAGCGAGCGCUUCGUCCUAACGGGCACGAGCUGGGGGCUCAAGGACCUGUGGGAGGGAGACGAGGAUGCGUCUGACGAUGAGGACAUGGACGUCGACGAGCGGCGGCAACAACAACCGGGAGGAGAUGCCAUGGAGGGCGUCCAAGGCCCCGAUCCCGAGGACGUUGGUGGCGACGGGGUCGAGGGAGGAACUGUGGAAGACGUCUUCGGCGACGACGUGGACGAGGAAAUGGCCGAGGAGUAGACUGAGACUUGGCGUAAUGGUGAAAUCGUCUGGGACUGGGGAAGGACAGGCGAGCAUCGGUGCUGGCGUUUCCGGCGUUUGGCAAGCCCGCAGAGAAGGGCGGCUGCUGGAUAUCAUUUACUUUAUGAGAUCCCUGCCUUGAUUCUUGA